GCCACAGAGGCGCUCGCCAUGGCUGAGUUUGGAGAUCUUUUACGUGCUCUGGGGGAGUGUGGGCUCUAUCAGAAACUGCUGAUCCUGCUCGUCUCCCUCCCACUACUCCUCAAUCCUUUCCAAAUGGUUGGCCAAGUGUUCAUGGUUGUGGAAGUGCCUUACCACUGUGACACCAGCUGGAUCCGUGCCGUUGGCCCCAACCUGACAGAGGAAGAGCAGCUGAACCUCACCCUGCCCCGGGGCACGGACGGGCAGUUUGAGCAGUGCUCCAUGUACUCCCCGGUGGACUGGGACCUCGAUUCCAUCGUGGCCUACGGGCUGAAUGACACACAGAAGUGCAGCAAUGGCUGGGUGUACCCCUCGGGACAGCCACCAUCCCUGCUGACCGAGUUUGACCUGGUGUGUGACAGGGCGGUCCUGAAUGAUGUCUCCCAGUCCAUCUACAUGGCUGGACUUCUCAUAGGAGCCAUGCUCUUUGGGAUGCUAAGUGACAGGAUAGGCAGACGGCCAGUCUUUCUCAUCUGCAUACUCAUCCAGGGUGUGUUUGGCCUGGGAAUUGCCUUUGUGCCCCAUUUCUAUGUGUUCAUGGCCUUCAGGUGUGUCGUGGGAGCUGCAGUGUCAGGAAUUAUGAUUACAGUCGUAUCCCUGGUUACAGAAUGGGUUGGUGUCUCCUCCCGGCCAAAGGCAGUGCUGAUUGCUCACACGGCUUUUGCCAUGGGGCAGAUGAUGGUGGCUGGUUUGAGUUACGGGAUUCGUAACUGGAGGCUGCUGGAGAUUGCAGGAUCUGCUCCUAUAUUAGCCCUUUUCUUCUACAUCUGGGUGCUCCCAGAAUCAGCUCGCUGGCUGGUGACCAAAGGCAGAAUCGAGGAAGCCAAGAAGCUCCUGCAGAAGGCGGCAGCCACCAACAAGCGCAGCCUCCCUCCAGAGCUCCUGGAGCAGUUGGAGCCUGAGAAGGAGGUCAAGUCUGCAAGUUUCCUGGAUCUCUUUCGGAAGAGGCACCUCCAGAAGGUGACUUUAAUCAUGUCAUGUGUCUGGUUUGCAGACAGCAUUGUCUACUAUGGGCUAAGCCUCAGCGUGACAGAUUUUGGUCUGAACAUCUACCUGACACAGCUGGCCUUCGGGGCAGUGGAGCUUCCAGCUCGAAUUUCCUGCAUUUUCCUGCUGGAGUGGUUUGGGAGGAAGAAAGUGCAGGGCACUCUUCUGCUGCUGUCUGGCCUGUUGUGUCUCAUCCUCACUGGCAUCCCUGAAGAGCAGGCUGUGGCAAUCACCGUCCUGGCAGUCAUUGGCAAGUUCACAGCCACGGCAACUUUCUCCACCUCCUACGUCUACGCCGCUGAGCUCUUCCCCACCACUGUCAGGCAGACGGGUGUGGGGCUGUGCUCCACCAUGGCAAGGGUGGCCGGGAUCCUGGCCCCACUGAUCAUUCCCCUGGACCGGUACCACCGGGCCACCCCCAUGGCCAUCUUUGGGAGCAUCCCUGUGGUGGUGGCCCUGUUCUGCAUCCUGCUGCCCGAGACACGUGGCCUUGACCUGGCAGAUGACACAGGGAAUGACCAACUUCCCCCUGAGGAGCAGAAAAGUGAAGAGUGUCAUUAA